AUGGAUGGGCGGGACGAUGAAAGCGAUAAAGGAGAGGACGAGGAAGACAGUGAUGACGCACAGGCUGAAGUAGACAAAAGAGUGGCUCAGAUGCUAAAGAAUCAACAGCAAUACCUCCACAUGUGUAGUUCCUCCGCUCAAAUCCUGCAGUUUUUGUCCCAUCUAGUGCCAGCAAUUUCCGGACAAGUGAUGGGACUGGAAAGUGUCACAGAAGACAGCGAAGAGGCUUCAUCCAGGUCGGACUCCGCAUCAUCGACACAGUCACCUGCAACCUCAGAUGACAACACGG